AUGAGCAGUGGUAUCCAGAGCAUGAAAACUUUACCUGUGUCGCUUGUACACACGUCGGAGGCUCAUUGCAAUGGAGCUGCACCAGCAACCGUGGACCCCGCACCCUUUUCAUCUCCGUCCGUGGUUUCCUCGCUGUCGAAUGUGAUGCGACCACUUUUUCACUUCACUGCCGAUGACGCAGUGAUUCUCGCAAUGGAGCAUAACAACCACAACAAACUACUAGCGGUGUCCACGUCUAAUAAUGAAGUGUUUGUGACAUCCACACGUGAUAUGCCUUUGGAGGGGAUGCAAGCGGCAAACGGGGAAGAGACGCAGUGGAGCCCUGCAGAAAAUACAGUGCGCAUUGAUCAUCUGCGCUUCCCCUGCACUCAACUUGCAUGGGCUCCUUGGCAGUAUGGAAUAUACUUGGCGUGUGUCUGCCGUGGUAAACAGGUUCGGCUUUAUAGGCUUUCACAUGGUCGCUGGUCAUUAGACGAGGAGGUGGAAGCACAAGAUUGCAAUUCAGUGGCUUUUUCCGCUCAUUUUACUAUGGCAUGUGUGACCGCAGAAGGUAAAUUAUUGAUUUUUGUUCAAACAACAGUUAAUGGUGAUAACAGAUGGAUGCUGCACAGCACGCACUCAGAUGAAGAGAGCCCUAAUGCGACGAGACAAUUAAUCGACCGUAGUCGCACUGUAAAAGCUUUCACUUGCGUUGCCUGGGAUGAAACAGGAACUUUGCUAGCAGUGGGCGAUGAUGAGGGGGAGCUUCGUGUUGUCUUUGUCUACGAUGAAGGUCGGAGUAUUGGCGAGGUUGCCUACAGAUCAGAGCUUGUCUCAGACCGUAGGAAAGGUAUUCGCCAGGUAGCAUGGUCACCAGGGGCAGGCCGCAGUUUUCUUGUUCUUGCAGUGGUGACCUCUUACAAGGUCACACUUCUCUUUUUUAAACGUGCUCGGGUGGGCAUGAGCGGCGGUGGCGGCAGUGGCAGCGGUGCACAGGCGGCGCUAGGGGCGCAACUUCACUUUGUUACCAAAACAAGUGUAAAUAUGGAAGAGGUAACUGAACUAUCUUGGAAUAUACAUGGGGGGCGUUUUGCUACAGCUCACACGGGUGGUGCAAUUUGUGUCUGGGCUGUGAACAUUUCUUACCAAAAAGGGCAGCAAGAUUCUUUUGUUGACGUGGAAAAUGUUACGGGUGGUAAUAUUAGUGGAAGUGGUGGUGCAAAUCACGUUAAUGUGACGCAGCCAUCUCAUGAUUUAGUGCUGGUGGCCUCCGUGAGCAAGGUUUCUGGUGUGCAUCCCUACCACGGUGAUAGAUAG